AUGACUUCAUUGAAUGUUGGCUUCUGUUUUAUUAUAAUUUUCAUUAUAUUAAACAAAUUGAAUGCUGAAACACGGUUACUAGAAAAUGUUACCAAACCCAAUGAAAAUAAAUCAACUACGUCUCCCGUUACAUCUCCUACGUCAACUUCUGAUCGAAUUACUUCAACACAAACAAAAAUGAGGACUACUGAUUCACCAACUAUCUUGAUUUUCUGGAAUGAUUCUGAAUCAAGUAGUCGUCCAAAAAAAUGGAUCACAAUGUGGUCAGUGGUUAUUACAACUGUUUUUUAUUUUGUCAUAUCAAAAUCUUGA